AGAUUAUUUACACCAAGAUAGAGCAUAGUGAGAGAGAAAACGUGGCCGAAAUAAGAUAGCAAUAUGUUUAUUAUUUUCGUCAAAAUCAAAACACAUUCCCGCAGCUCCCUAUUGGUGGCUUUCUACCACGUGACCUGGACGUGCGAAUGAAUUUCAUUAUGGCCGCCUUCUUUGACAGCUGAUGCUUAGGUGCAACAAGUUCAAACUCAUCGUUUUGAGUUAACCAAGUGAUUUUUGUAGUGAAAACGAGGUUGGACAAUAAUUAUUUGCUGUAUUAAGCUGAAAAAUGGUUAAUUCCUGUGUGAUAUGUAAAAAAAGCACCAGUAAAGACUGCGGGCGAUCCAUACAUCGUUCCAGUAGCACAUCUCCAGAUGAAAGGCCUGUGACUCCAGAACCAUUAGAUACUAAUAAGCUAGGUAGUGUCAGGGAAUCCUCAAAACUGAGUAAUUCUGAACUAUCCAGAACUUUAACAGCUAGUGAUUUGUCUGCUACACUGACUACUUCAGAUUUAUCUGCUACAUUGACUGCUUCAGAUUUAUCUGAUACAUUAACCGCUUCAGAUUUAUCUGCUUUUUUGACCGAUACAGAAUCCUCUGGUGCUUUGACAGUUUCAGAAUUGUCCGGUACUAUGACAGCUUCAGAAUCGUCAAGCAACUUGGUAUCCUCGGAAGUAUUAACAGUAGCACAUCCAACUACUUCUGAAGCUAAAAGUUCUGUACCAAGACCAAGAAAAAGAAAAUGUUUUGUUGGUGAUGUAAGGGAUGAAGAUUUCAGGACACCAAAACAAGGAAAAUUUGCCUUCUCCCUUGCUAAACGAAAAAUUGCAGAACAGAAAAAGAAACUGAAAGCAUUGAGGAUGAAGAACAGAAGACUGCAACAGAAAAUUUCAGAUAUUUCAGGACUACUGAAUAAUUUGAGGGAAAUGAACCUUAUAUCCGAUAAUGCUCAAGAUUAUAUAGAGGCAUCGUUACCAGGUCCUAGUAGAGAUAUGGUAAAUAGACUCAUAAGGGGAUCAAAAAAUCAGAAAUUUACACCUUCUCUACGAGAAAAACGUAUGGCAAUUUAUUCAAGGCAUCCAAAUUUGUCAUUAAGAUAUGCACACAAGCAGAAAAAACAAUAA